AAAAACAAAUAAAAGGGGAUAAGGUAAUCAGAAGAAGAGGAUGAUGAAAAACUAAUGGAGGAAAGCAGUUGGGAAGAAAAGAUCCAAGUCCUAACCCACGUACUGACCCACAUCACGAACAAACCCUCUCUCCAUUCACAGUUAUUCAUCUCCUCCCAAAUCCCCUGUUAUCUGAACUGGAACAACUACCCACCGAUCCUCUGUCGGAAAUACACGAAUCCUCUGUAUCCGAGGUGGGCUUUCUUGUUCUUCCUGAAACGAGUGUCGAGAUUAGGGUUUCCUCAUACCUCGUGGAGGUCCAAGUGUCCUUACCAACAGCCGCCGCCUCUGAUUCUGGCGAGGGGAUUAGAGGAAGCGCAGUGGGGUGAGGAGGAGCAGAGGAUAAAGUAUGCCAGGAAGAGGAUCAGAAUGAAGAGAAUUGGGAAUGAGAUUAAUCCACUCAUCCCCAUCAUUGUUCCUAAUCUCUUUCUUUUUUCUCUCAUGUUUUGGAACCCUUUCCCACAAUAUAAAUAAAUCUUUGAUUCUUGAAUUAGAAGAUGACAUUGAAGUAAUGAUCAAAGCUUUGAUGGGUAUGGAAGAUUGAUCAAUUUGAAACGUGUACUUACAGAUCUUUGAAUAAUAAUAGUUAAUCUUUUUUUGUCAAAAGGUAGGUUCUUUGGAGUCAAUAGCGACGACUUUAUCUGAUGUUACUGUUUCUUUAUUUCACAUUUCAUGCUUUUGUCUUC